AUGGCUGCCACGUACUUCACGUGUACUCUAGGUCAGGCACAAUCUUUGGGUCUUACCAACGCCAACUUCAAGAAUAUCAACCAUUUUGUCGAUCUCCAAGCAGAGGCUAUACCAGAUCAACCUGCGGUCGGAUUUGCCAUUCCCUCAAACUCGGACUUCCAAUGGAAGAGCAAGACUUGGACUUUCUCGGAUCUGCAAGAUGGCUCUAAACAGGUCGCUGCUCUGCUGCAAAAGUCACAUGGGGAACUUCUGACCAAAUCGGAUACAGUUGCAUUGAUUUGUCCAAGCACUCCGGAGUUUCUGUUUACGUGGCUUGCUCUCAUGAGACUAGGCCAUCCAGUCUUACUGAUAGCGCCGCAAUGCCAACCGGCAGCGAUUGCUCACCUGUGCAAGGCUUGCCAGACCACUGUCCUAUUCCACGACGAGACUUAUGCUGCUCAGUCUGAAGAGGCUGCCAAUGUCACCCGCGACGAUGGUGGAGAACUCCAUGCUAUCGAGUUACCGUUCAACAAAGGACACUCUCUGACUGACAUCCUGGCAAACGGAACUUUCGAGUCUUUGAGCUUCCCUGAAGUCAAGGAGACAGAUGUUGCAUAUCUCCACCAUACCUCUGGCACAUCAUCUGGUGUACCCAAGCCAAUCCCUCAAACACACCGCGCAGGUGCUGGUGUUCUCCCUUCGUUCCCUGACGGGAAGCAGUGUGCAACAUUUACAACUACGCCACUCUACCACGGUGGUGUAGCCGAUUGUUUCAGAGCAUGGACGAGUGGUGCACUCAUUUGGCUGUUCCCUGGCAGAGGCAUACCGAUUACUGCAGCAAACGUCAUCAAAUGCUUGGGUGCAGCAGAGAAGAAUGCAGAGCAAGGUCUUCCUCCUGUUAAGUAUUUCGCUUCCGUACCAUACGUGCUCCAGAUGAUGGAAGCAGACGAGCAAGGCUUCAAGUAUCUCCAAAACAUGGACAUCGUCGGUGUUGGUGGCGCUGCUCUACCGGACGAAGUCGGAGAUCGCAUGGUCGGCAAAGGAAUCAAUCUUAUCUCAAGAUUUGGCAGUGCAGAGUGUGGUUUCCUCAUGUCGUCUCACCGCGACUACACAAAAGACACGGCAUGGCAGUACUUGCGCAGCAAUGCAGGAGCUGAGUACCUCGUCUUCGAGAAGAAUGAGGACGGGCUCGCCGAACUGGUGAUCAAGCCAGGCUGGCCACACAUGGCCAAACAGAACCGUGACGAUGGAUCCUUUACCACGGCCGAUCUCUUUGCACCACACGACAGUAUUCCAAAUGCCUGGAGAUACCACUCACGAGCGGAUUCCCAACUCACGUUGAUCACUGGAAAGAAGUUCGACCCAGCUCCACUGGAGGGUGCCAUUGCCACUGCAGAUCUUCUAGACGACGUCCUGAUCUUUGGAAACUCACAACCGUUCCCUGGCGCCUUGCUGUUCCGUUCAGAGACGGCACGAGACCUAUCCGACCAUGACCUCGUGCAGAAGAUCUGGCCAGCUAUCGAAAAACUCAACUCGGAAAGUCAGGAUCAUGCUCGUAUACCAAAGAAGAUGCUGGUUGCCAUGCCAGUACUCGAUCAUCCGCUAGAGAAGAGCAGUAAAGGUACCCUUCAGCGAAGUGUGGUCGAGGCCCGCUUCGCUCAAGAUAUCGACAAGGCAUACGUCAACAUGGGUUCCUUCAACGUCGGUGACGUGCCUGACGAAAAGGUUUCCACUGUCAUCAUUGAGAUGAUAGAAUCCAUCGUCCCGAAGAAGGCCAAACUGGAAGAUAACACAGACCUCUUCUCUUAUGGCGUUGACUCGGUCGCCGGUAUGCAGAUAAGAUAUGGGCUUCGUCAACUCCUCCCACAAUCGACCAAACAGUUGCCGCUCAACGUGGUGGAGGACUGCGGCACGGUGAAGCGAUUGACAGAGUAUGUCGUCAAGCAGCGUUAUGGCGAAGAGCUUACCGACGACGAGGACGAACGCAAGCUCAUGCUUCAACUCGUCGACCAGUAUUCCAACUUUGAUAACAACAGAAGCCCAUCGUCGUCUUCCACCACCAACGGGCAGGGUCAGGGUCAAAACGACAAAGGAGAUGUUAUCGUGCUGACCGGUGCAACGGGAGCUUUAGGGGCUCAUCUCCUGAAUCUCUACCGUCGACUCGAUUCCGUCAAAAAGGUCUACUGCCUCGUCCGAGGAGCUGAACUGCAAGCUUCAAUCGAGCGGGUCGACAAGGCUCUCACGCAGCGCGGCCUUGACGGCCUCGAGAAGGAUGACGAAAAAGUCGAAAUCCUCCAAACGUCACUGGGAGAUGAUCACCUGGGCCUCUCCAGUGGAGAUUACGAAAGGAUUGCACAAGAGGUUUCGAUUGUUAUGCACGUGGCAUGGAGUGUCAAUUUCCGCAUGCGUUUGCGCAGCUUUGCAAAGGACAACAUUGCGAGUGUGACAAAUCUCAUCAAUCUUGCAUUGAGGUCCGGCAGAUCUGAAGCAGCUAAAUUCGCAUACUGCUCGAGCGUAGCAAGUGUCAUGGCGUACAGCAAAGGUACCUCGAUCCCUGAGAGAAUUGUUGACGACCCAGACGCAGCCAGCACCCUGGGAUAUUCCCGCAGCAAGUGGGUCGCCGAACAAAUAUGCAGCAGAGCGAACGAGCGCUCCCUGCUCAAAGGUCGUAUCGCCAUAUUCAGAGUUGGCCAGCUCUCAGGGGACACCCAACGCGGCAUAUGGAAUACCAGUGAGGCCUGGCCGAUGAUGCUGAGCAGCGUCAAAAUAUCCGGUGCACUGCCGAACCUCGAUAAGGAAACUCUCGACUGGCUGCCAGUGGACCUCGCUGCCACGGCCUUGAUGCAAGGAAUAGCAAGCGUGGACGGGAGCGGAGAUGGCGCGCAUGUCCUGCAUGUGCUAAACGAGCACCGUCGUCCAACAUGGCCCACAAUGUUGCAAUGGCUCAAGAAACGAUGUGCCUUUGACAUUGUGGACCCGCCCAAAUGGGUAGCGCGACUUGAAGAUAUGCAGGAAGGCGACGGCGCCGAUCACCCCGCAUAUAAACUUCUAGACCAUUGGAAGAGGGCUUAUGCCCCUGAGCACGAGUCGGAAGAAGACACAAGUUCGGCACCGACCGUCUUGCCGUUCGACAUGGCCAGGACCAAACAAUCAGUUGCGGUUCUGAGAGAUGUCAGUCCUGUCAAUGAGCACUAUUUUGCCAAGAUCUGGGACUGGAUCGACAGCGCCAUGUAG